GCAUGAAAAGGAGCGCUGGCCAGCUGGACCCGCACACAUCGGUUGGGUGGUGCAUUGGACGUGCUGUAGGUUUACACGCAUUUUGCAAAGGUUUCUUUCUAAAGGAAAGAGAAGCAAAAGACUCCAGGCAUGGCAUCUGAGGGCGAUAAAAUGUAUAGCGGGAGGCUCGUUGGGACCUUGGACCCUAUAAUGGAGAAGCUGAACUCUUCAAUCCUGAUUGAUCAGCGCCUGGCGGAGGUCGAUAUCCGUUCGAGUAUAGCUUAUGCCAAGGCUUUGGAGAAGGCUGGGAUCCUAUCCAGGGCUGAAUUAGAGAAGAUCCUCAGUGGCCUAGAGAAGAUUUUGGAGGAGAGCACUAAGGGUGCCCUCAUUAUUUCCAAAACCGACGAGGAUAUCCACACUACCGUCGAGCGCAGGCUCAAGGAGAUCGUUGGCGAUGUGGCUGGGAAGCUCCAGACUGGACGUAGCAGAAAUGACCAAGUGGUGACUGACUUGAGGUUGCUGGUGAAAAGCUCGGUCACCAUGCUGAUCACCCAGUUGCAGCAGCUCAUCCGCACCCUGUUGGAACGCGCUUCUGCUGAAAUCGAUGUGAUCCUUCCGGGCUACACCCAUCUGCAAAGGGCUCAGCCAAUCAGAUGGAGCCUUCUUUUAGUCAGCCAUGCAGUUGCUUUGACCAGGGAUUCUGAGCGCCUGACGGAGAUGAAGAAACGGAUCAGCGUCCUGCCUUUGGGAAGUGGUUCUUUGGCAGGCAACCCCCUGAACCUCGACCGUGAACUGCUCCGUAAAGAACUUGAACUUUCUUCGAUCAGCAUCAACAGCUUGGAUGCUGUUGGCGACCGAGACUUCGUGGUGGAGCUUCUGUCUGCUGCUUCUCUGAUCAUGAUCCAUCUGAGCCGAUUAGCUGAAGAUUUGAUCAUAUAUAACACAAAGGAGUUUGGAUUCAUCACUCUCUCGGAUUCUUUCUGCACUGGCAGCAGCCUGAUGCCCCAGAAAAAGAACCCGGACAGCCUCGAACUGAUCCGCAGCAAGGCCGGCCGCGUGAUAGGAAGGACUACUGGGCUUCUCAUAGUUCUGAAAGGAAUUCCCAGUGCUUACAACAAGGACUUGCAGGAAGAUAAGGAAGCUGUGAUCGAUGUUAUUGAUACCCUGAGCCUUGUGCUCCAGGUGACCACUGGUGUGAUCUCUACUCUCCAGAUCAACAAGGAAACUAUGGAGAAAGCCGUGAGCCCUGACAUGCUUGCUACGGACCUGGCUAAUUACCUGGUUCGCAAAGGGAUGCCAUUCAGACAAGCCCACACGGCUGUUGGAAAAGCAGUUCACUUAGCUGAGAGCAAAGGGGUGACCCUUAGUCAACUAUCCACUGAGGACUUGAAGACCAUCACCCCCAUGAUAGGAACCGACGUCUCCCAGAUCUUCAACCCCCAGCACAGCGUGGAGCAGUACACUUCCCCCGGGGGCACGGCCAAGAGCGCCGUGACCACCCAGAUCGAGCAAGUGAAGGAGCUGCUCAAGAGACAGAAAGAAUAAAGUUUGGCGUGUGGGGAAGCUAUCCCAGUGCUGCGGGUUUCUGCUUAUCGCGUUUAAUCCCGAGUUAAUAAUAAAUAACAGUGGUGUAUUGGAUUUCACUGAGGAAAAGAAAA